CUGCUCCUGUGCUCCGCGGGCAGGGCCUCGGACAGGCUGAACGGCGGCAGCACCGGUGCCCGGAGCCCCGUCAGCCGCACGUCGGCCGCGCAGGGGACGUGCGGGGCGAGCGCCGCUCGGCGACUGCUUCCAAGGUGGGAGGACCACACCGGCGUUGCGGCCUCUCAGCAGCCGGCGCUCGGGGGCCGGAGCUGCCCGACAGGACCCCGGGGGGCCCGGGAAGCCAGGCUGUUGCGAGGCGUUGAUGAAAAAGGAUGACAGUGAAGUUGGGAGACGGCGGCGGCGGGGAGGAAGGGCUCAAGAGGCUGGGCAAGAGGUCGGCCGAUGAGGACUCGCUGGAAGGAGAGGGGCCCGGCGGCGGGGACGCGGCCGAGGAGAGCGGCGGCACAAAGAGGGACAGCAAGACCCCCCGGGACGGCGGCGACGGCCCCCAGGCCCCCUCGGGCGGCCCGCAGGCGCCGUCCCCGCCGCCCGCCUGCCCCCAGGACCAGCACCACUUCCUCAGGUCCAGCGUGAGGCCGCAGAGCAAGAGGCUCAGGAAGGACUCGUCCUGCGCUGGGGGGAGCAGCAGCGCGGGCAGCUCAGGGCCCCGCGGGAAAGGAGCUGACGGUGGCGGAUCAUCAGCUGGAAAUGGGUCUGGGGUUGCCCCCGCCGCCCCUGCAGGGGGCUCUCGCUCCUCCUCCCGAAACUUAGGGUCUUCAGGCGGUGAGAAGGAAGAAGGCAAGAAGGUGCGGCGGCAGUGGGAGUCAUGGAGCACAGAGGACAAGAACACCUUCUUCGAGGGGCUGUAUGAGCAUGGGAAAGACUUUGAAGCAAUUCAGAACAACAUCGCUCUGAAGUACAAGAAGAAAGGCAAGCCCGCCAGCAUGGUGAAGAACAAGGAGCAGGUCCGGCACUUCUACUACCGCACGUGGCACAAGAUCACCAAGUACAUCGAUUUCGAUAACGUGUUCUCUCGUGGGCUAAAGAAGUCGUCCCAGGAGCUGUAUGGCCUAAUCUGCUAUGGGGAGCUGCGCAAGAAGAUCGGGGGCUGCAUGGAUGACAAGAACGCCACGAAGCUGAACGAGCUCAUUCAGGCUGGGGCCACCACAGUCCGGUACAAAGGGAGGAACCUGCGGAUCAAAGCGCCCAUGUGUCGCGCCCUGAAGAAGCUCUGUGACCCAGAUGGCUUGAGUGACGAAGAGGACCAGAAGCCAGUGCGCCUGCCCCUGAAAGUCCCCGUAGAGCUGCAGCCGCGGAACAACCACGCCUGGGCCCGAGUGCAGAGCCUCUCCCAGAACCCGCGGCUCAGGAUGAUCGUGGAGCUACAUCGAAAGGUCUCCAGCCUCAUCGAGUUCCUGAAGCAGAAGUGGGCACUUCAUGAAGUGCGAAUUCGCAAGACGCUUGAGGAGCAGCAGCUACAGGACUCGUUCACGGAGCCGUCGCAGGAGAAGGUGGCACUGCACCUGUUCCCGGGGGAGAACUGCACCCUGACCCCGCUGCCGGGCGUGGCCCGCGUGGUGCACUCCAAAGCCUUCUGCACAGUCCACUGGCAGGAGGGUGGCCGGUGCAAGCAGAGCACCAGGGACACCCAUGCACUGCCCCCCGCUCAGAUCCUGGGCAUCCAGAGCGGCCAGGGCACAGCCAGGGGCCAGCUCAAGUGCCCGCGGGGCGGUGCCGAGGCCAAGGCUGGGGGGCGACCCCCUCCCUCCACCGAUGCUUCACAAAGCUCUGGGGAGAGUUCCCCUGAGAGUGCCCCUGGGGAGGGGGCCCCUGCGAGUUUCAGCAGCCCGGAUGCCUCCGACAGGCUUCCCCUGGGGCUCCAGGAUGCUGGGGGACGGCUUGAGAAGACCCCUGUGGCUACUGUUGCAGAGGGUGGGGACGGCCCUACCCGAGAGCCCGGGGCCCUGGUGUGUGCCUGUGGCCAGCUCCCUGAGCUGGAGGACGAGCUCUCCCUUCUUGACCCCUUCCCCCGCUACAUGAAGUCCUGUCAGGAUCUCAUCAUCCCUGAGCAGUGCCGCUGCGCAGAUUCGCGGCCCUCAGGGUGCCCCUCCCCAGAGACCCGUGUCCCCAGCGGCUCAGAGGUGGCCGACCUUGCCCGGGCCAGGGCAUCGUCCCCUGUCCGCGUCCUGCCCGGCCCGGAGCCUCAGCCCAGCCCGGCGCUCCAGCCGGACGUUUGCACUAAAGACUUGGUGGAUGCGCCUGCAGAAGAGCCCCAAGAUAAGGCAAGCCCCUUGGACCCUCCACCACCUCAGGGUCAGCCUGCCACCAAGCCUCCAAAGGACGUCCCCGCCAGCCGGCUCGCCCAGCAGCUCCGCGAAGAGGGCUGGAACCUGCAGACCUCUGAAAGCCUCACGCUGGCCGAAGUCUACCUCAUGAUGGGCAAGCCCAACAAGCUGCAGCUGGAGUAUGACUGGCUCGCAGUGCUGGGCCCUGAGGGCCAGGCCCCAGGUGGGCAGGCCCAAGGCCCCCGCGCUGGCUCCCCGCCCGCCACCUUCCACAAGCAGCGCCUCCUCAGCUGCCUCCUGAAGCUGAUCUCCACCGAGGUCAACCCCAGGCUGGCUCCGGAAGCGAACACUGGCUCCACAGCACUGGUGAGGCCCGUCCAGGAGGAGCAGUCAGCAACGCCCCCGGGGAAGGUGGUGGCUGUCAACUCCCGCAGCCCCCGCUGCCCUCGAAACCAGGCUGCCCUCCGCCACGGCAAGACCUUCUCUCCCAGCUCUGCACCUUGCUCCUCAGGUUUGAGAAACCCUCCGAGGCCCCUCUUGGUGGCUGGUCCCUCCAGUGCCGGAAGCAGUGACUCAGAUGGUGGCCUUUUUGCCGUCCCAACAACGUUGCCGCCCAACAGCCGACAUGGGAAGCUCUUCUCUCCCAGCAAGGAAACAGAAUUGACGUUCCGUCAGCAUCUGAACUCCAUCAGUAUGCAGUCAGAUUUCUUCCUGCCAAAGCCUAGGAAGCUGCGGAACCGGCACCUGCGGAAGCCGUUGGUAGUCCAGAGAACUCUGCUCCCUAGGCCGUCUGAAAACCAGUCCCACAACGUCUGUUCCUUCUCCAUCUUGUCAAAUUCUUCCGUAACUGGGAGAGGCUCCUUCCGGCCCAUCCAGUCCUCCCUGACCAAAGCGGCUCUGUCCCGGCCAAUCGUGCCCAAGGUCCUCCCACCACAGGCCCCAGGCCACCUGGCCAGCGCUAUCAACUUAGCAGCUAAAAGUGCCGGCAUCAUCCCCGGGAGCCCCCUCCCCGUCCUGGACGCUGAUGGCUUGUCUGGCAUCUCCCCACUGUCUUCAGACGAGGUGACGGCGGGUGUCUCGGGCCAAGACUCCACCAGAACCCACCAGAAUGGAGACCCUAUCCCCGCUGUAGGGGGCACGAGUGACCCAUUCAUCAGCGUCCCCUCGAGGCAGGAGCCGGUGGCGGAUGGUUUCCAGAACUCGCCCGUUCUCUCUUUAUCCGACCUGUCCAAGGCUCCUCUCCACAACGGUCUCUCCACACCACUGCCCCCGUCGGAGGCCUCCAGCACCCGGCUCUCUCCACCCAACGUCUCUGCUCUGCUGGACAUCUCCCUGCCUGGCCCUCCUGAGGAUGUGCUCUCGCAGGGGGAGCCCGCCACUCAGAUCAGCGACUCCAUCAUCGAGAUUGCCAUCAGCUCCGGCCAGUACAGUGAAGGAGUCCCUCUUUCUCCAGCAAAACUGAAUGGCAGUGACAGUUCCAAGAGUCUCCCCUCCCCGUCCAGCAGCCCCCAGCCAGACUGGAUCGCCUCCCCGACCCAUGACCCCCAGUGGUGCCCCAGCGACCCUACGGACUCCUCACUUAGCAGCUUGUUUGCGAGCUUCAUCUCCCCGGAGAAGAGCCGGAAGAUGCUGCCAACCCCUGUCGGGACCAACAGUGGCACCUCCCUGCUGGGUCCCAGCCUGCUGGAUGGCAACUCUCGUGACUCGUUUGUGUCCCGGUCCCUGGCCGAUGUUGCUGAGGUCGUGGAUUCCCAGCUGGUGUGCAUGAUGAACGAAAAUAGCAUCGAUUACAUAUCCCGGUUCAAUGACCUGGCCCAAGAGCUAUCCAUCGCUGAGCCUGGCCGCCGGGAGGUUCUGUUUGAUGGUGGUGGAGGUGGACCUCCCGUCGGUGACCUGUCCCAGUGACUGCGCCUCAUGGCGGGGGCAGCCUGGAGGCUGCGGAGGAGGGCUUAGGGGUGUCGCCCUCUUGAGAUGAGAGAAAAUGCAAAUCAGGCCUGGACUUCCAGGAGACAGUCUGAACAGAAGCACCUCUGCACCCGGAACGUGCACCUUGCAGGUGGCCAUGUCCCAGCAGGCUGAGGCAGUGGAGGCUGGGAGAUGAGGGAGCGUCCUUGACAAGGCCAGCGUCAGAGUGGCCAUGGCGUCAGAGCCGCCUCCCUGCUGGGGCGUGUGUUAGGGUCUGCGCGGUUCCCACACUUCCGCCUUGGGUGUUGUGUCGCACAGAGAAAGGACUGGUGGGCCUGGCUGUCAUCAUUCUGGCCUGGGGGGCUGAGACCUCCUGCUCUCUGCAGGGAGGCUCCAGGCCACUGCUGCCUUUUUUCCACUAAGCCCCUGCCAAACCUGCGCCCUGCUCCGGUGGUUCUCUCUGCAGCGCAAGGACAGGGAGAACAGCUGGGCAUGGCAUGGGCUCUGCUGGAUGGUGUGUGUACCUGAAACAGUGGACACUGCUCAGGACCCUCCUACCACGGGGCAGCGGGAGGGUCUCAGGGCAGCGCAGCUGUUGCCAUCUCCGCAGAAAUCCUGAGCCCAGCCUUGUGCUUUCUCAUCUGGAGCUUUUGUUCUGAUUGACUCAACAGGAAGGGAGAGAAGACUCGUCUUAUGCAGGUUGUGUGGACUUUUAAACACAUCCUGUUAAGCUGGUCAGAAAAUGUUACUGUCAUAUUUUAAGACUUAGGAGACAUUGGAGAGGAAGAACAGGGUCCCUGUUUAGUUGGUCUCUUCCCCGUGUCCAUCUGCAGGUUUCUUCUAGGUGGUCUGAGACGGUAUUUCUCUCUAUUAGGGCCAUCCCUAAGCACUCCGUUGACUACAGAUAAGACUUUCCUGAUCAUCUUGAACUUCUAACACGUUCCUUCCUUGGGCAUAUGCCCUUCGCAGGGAAAGUUCUCUCUUUCUUUCGUUGGCAUCAGUGCAGAGUAUGCCCCAAUGCAUAUAUAUAACCCCUUGCUUGUACUUUUGCCUCAUGUUCUGCUGUUUCUCCUCUUCCUUCCUUCUCUUCCUUCCUUCAGGGAACCCAGGCAAGGGUCAGACAUUGUGUGCAGUCAGAACACACUGAACCCACGUCCCUCUGGUGUGCCCCUUGAGCCUCCUUGAGUGACCAGCCGUCACCACUGUGGUAGUCCAACAUGCAGUCUUUCCCCAGAGUGGAGCUAAUGAGGCUCCCCUGCCUUCUCAGCUUGGGCGGGGUGGGGGGGUGGAUGCAACAUGCAAACAGCCAUCCCAGGGCACCCCUUGUGGCUGCGCGCUGGUGCUGUGCUGUUGGGCCACCAUCCCACCUGCUGCUUCUCCCUGCCCACCCAGCAGUCACAGUCAGUGUGGCUUCUUGAAUCCACCACUGUUUUUGUUCAUCACCUUGCCUCUUCCCUAGCUCGCUGUGGACCGGCAGCCUCUGAGGCCAGCGCGGCCCUGUCAUCGCCCCCCACCCUCCAACCGCAGGAAGAAGUGAGCCAGUUUUCUCAAGGGGGCUCUUGAGAAAACAGUCUCAAAGCUCUGGAGGUCUGAAAGAAAGGGAUGUGGUACCACUUUUUAAAGAAAGCCUGUUUUUGAGUCCAGAGUCUUUAAACUAGCUUGUGUUUUAUGAUCAAUGUAUCAACUUCCUGAAAUUAGCACCUUAUUGAGCCAAACAAGAUCAGUAGGUCUGUCUCUGGGCAUGUGACCGAGUUAGAUCCACAGUGGGUCAGGCCAAGGUUAGGCCACUACCAGUUUUCUUAUAUUCCCACCAUCUGGGACCAGAGAUACCAAGUAGCGUUACUGCAUCAAUGCCAGAGGCAGUGCCCAAUGGCAGUGUGCACGGCACCAGGGACAGUAGAGAUCCCGAGCUGCUUAUCCAUCAGGGGUCACCCAGAGGCAGUCUGGGGGGUAGGUUGGCACCUGUCACCUGGUGACAUCCAGCAGGAGGAAAACUAGAGAUUUGCAUCGGCCUAUGUCGGCCCUUUAUUCACAGCACCUCCCACUUGGGUCUCCAACAUAGACUCCCAUUUGGGAGCACCUGACUGGCCAGUGUCAUCCAAUGGAGAGGUGAGUUGCAGAGGAAGGGGGACUGAUUCUUCUCACCUGUAAUCAAGCUGAUGAUUACAGAGAACUCUGCUUCUCUAGCAGCCAGACAGGUAUAAGCAUUUGCUUGCCAUGUUAAGGAAAAAUGGUGUCAUUUGUAGCAUUAAAAUGACGGAUGCCUUUUCUCCCAACCUAAAUGAUUACAUAUGUGUGAAAAUAAGCAACUGUUAUGUUUAAGGGUGGAAUUUUUCAAAAGAUCCAAGCAGAGAAGCCUCCCACUUUUGCAUCUCCCUCUGCCAUUCCAGCAGAAGUUGUGAUAGUGUCAGCAUUCACCUGUGGCGUCCUUUGUGCAUUCACGCAUAUUGUGAUUAUGCGUCAGGUCAGUUUCUCAGAAAAAUCUUUCCCUAGUCACUCUAACGUUGUCAGGGAUCUUUUUACUGAUUCAUCUCUUCUAAGAUUGAGACUGAAUAUUUUCAGUCUCAAGGGAGUUGCUUUUGCCUUGAUUCUUCAUUGUGAGCAUCCAGUGAUGAGCGUUCCGUUCUUCAGAAUGUGCAGAGGCAAGUUGAAGUUCAUGAUUCCACAUAAGGUUUGUGGUGGCGUUUUUCUCACUCCUCUGAGUCUUCUGGGUGUAGAGUCCUUACUCAGGGAGUGGGGAUACUUGGAACCAUUUCAUUGGUUGUUCUAUUUGCUUUCCCACAUUGGUCCCCUUCUCUGUCAUUCUGUACCGUAGCCUCAUCACUGGUGGUGUCUUUUCAGUUUUAUAGCAUCUUUAACUAGAUCACACCAUUGAAUCCAAACGUGUGCAAAGAAAAGUCAUGGAAUAAAAGCCACUUGAAACAAGUGGAGGAGGGAAACAGCAGUUGCUUUUUCUUUUCUUUCUUUUUUUUAACGUUGAGAUCUCUCAGAUGCAUUUAGGAAGAAAUAUGGCACUUUGUCUUGAAAAAAAAGAAAGAAAGAAAAACCCACAGCAAACUUUUCCUGACUGUCAAAACUCUCUUAGUCCUACAGUAACUUGUCAGUCGUGUUACGUGAGGUAAGUCUUGAAGCACUACAGCAGCCCCUUCGUGCUGUGACAGGAUAACCGGCGCUAGAGCGACUGGGCAGCAGAACUUAACUGCUGUUUUUUUUAAUAAUCGUUAAGCCAUAUCACCUAAGGUUUUCGGCUUGUUUGAGAUGUGAAUUUGUUUUAUAGAUUAUAAAUAUGCAUAUACAGUGUAUGUAUAAAGCAGAAUGCCUGUCCUUCCUGAUUAUUUUUUGUACCAUAUUGUAAAUUAUAUUAUUUAUUCUUUACCAAUUUGGGGAAUAAAAGGUGUUUGGUUAUUUAAUAUAAUAAACAGAAGCUGUUUAACUUCUUACGUUUAAAUUUACAGUUCAACUUGUAAAUCUGUUUUUAUUAUUGUGCAUA